CUUCCCCCGUUGCCUAGGUUACUCGUUUUCGCAGGAAAAUACGGCGCUGGCAGAGGAGGGCGUUAACCGAUUCGCGAGGCUGAAGAGGAUGAAUGGCCGAGAGUCAUAGAGAUAAAAAUAUAGAGCAACUCACUCCAACACAGAUUUGGAACUUGCAGGGUAUAUUUUUCUCCUUUUCAUCCCCGCUCAGAGCUACCCAUAGAAGACAGCAGGCAGAGCCAGGAUAUUAGCGUAAGUCGUGACUGGGGUGCGGGGAGUGUCUUAGGGCGGCCCUGCCGUGUAGCCCAUCGUUCAAACUGCUGAUCAGAUGGUGGCGCUGAGGUUUAAUGUGCAUUUACAGGUAACGCCUUUCCCUGCCAAACGCCCCUUAUUAGCCUAGCCUCUCCCAACCUGCGCCCUCCCGGGUUAAGUUCUAGGGUUGCCACCUUUGUUCUGCCAAAAUCCAGGAUAGGGCGGAGGCGUUGUGGCGAUUUUCUUUUCCACCCGGUGCUGAAAUGACUUCAAAAGCAAUCCUUUGCGAUUGUCUUCUAACCGAAUGGCUGCUCUGAAAUUUGACACAUCCCCCCCCCCCCGCAAUAAAUAAGAUCCGAGUUGGAAAGAGGAAGGGCUCCUGCUUUCUUUUGCUUUAGCAGAACGCGCCCUGCCUGCAAAAAAAAGAAAGGGUGCUCUAAAAUCCUGUAUUUGUUCCAUUGCUUUCUAUGAGCAGCUCAAAAAAAAAAGCAUCACGAAAAACUCGGAAGUUGCAAAGCACGUGCGGCUCUAUUUAUUCUAAGUCUACCGCGAAGAAAGGGGCCAGCUGAGCGGUCGCGUGCGAAGAAGGCGGGGCCAGGCCAGCCCCUUUCUCCUCUUAUUGGCGGGGGUGGAGGCGCGUAGGGACUGGACGGUGGCCUGCGGGGCGCAUUUAUGUUGCGGAAUCGCGCUUUCGCGAAGCGGGUGAGGCGAAGAAGAGCUGUUUCUGGGCUUUCGCUUGGAGGGCGGGAAGGAGGAGAGGAAUCGCCACCCUGAAACCUGCCUUGGGUGGGAAGCUUUGAGGCAGGUGGCUCCCCUUGUUUUCUGAUAGCGCUUUUGCCUGUAUGCCUUUAAAAAGUAACCCUCCCCCUCCCCAAAGAGAAAAGGCUAAAACUGAUUUCCAAGGGUGCUCAGCUUUUAUUUUAUUUUAUUUUUUGAAAAGGCUUAACAAUAGGUUGCAGUGUGAACUUUGGGGAACCAACAGCCCACUUUUGUCAAAAGCACCUUGGGUACCAUUCUGUGAUUCUGUACCAGUAGUUCCCAACCCUUUUUUGGCCAUGCCCCACCUAAGCAUCUUUAAAAUCCUGAUGCGCCCCCCUCCCGAUUGACAUAUAAUUUUUAUUAUAUGUCAAGGGGGGGCUAUUCACGUGGAGGAAGCCUAAAAGACCAUGAACUGUUAAUAACUCAUUCUUGAAUUGCCCCCCCUUAAAAAUCAAAUUGCCCCCCUGUGGGGCGUGUGCCCCACGUUGGGAACUACGGUUCUGUACCAAGUUGCUGACAUCCUGAAUCCGGAGCAGCUGCCUUAGUCUGCUUUUGCUGACAGUUGUUAUAGCAUAAGAUGGAGGAGUCGUGGCUUUCUGUAAAACCGCUUUCAGGGGUUUGUUUUUUCUUCUACACUCAAGGGGCCUAUAAAUUCUGUGAAAUAAAAUAAAAUAGCAAAGCUCUCCAGUGCCAUAGCUCAGGGGUAAGAGCAUCUGCUUGCCUGCAGAAGGCGCCUAGUUCAGUCACCAGCAUCUCCAGAUAGCAUGUCCCCUAGCCAGCUGUACCUAUUCUUCUCAUUUUAUUUAUGCCCAACCUUUCCUCCAAGGAGCUCAAGGUGACAUACAUAGUUCUCUCCAUAGUUCUCUCUCAGUGGGUGAAUGGCCCAAGGUUACCCAGUGAGCUUCAUGAGGAUUCCAGGUCCUAGUCCAACACUCUAACCACUACACCACACUGGCUCAUUUGCCCUCCAAAUGUUUUGACCAACUGUGCUGGCUUGAACUUUUGAGCAUAGAUGUGCAAACUAGGGUUGGAAAGGCUGGCCCUAAGCCCCUGUGACCAAAACAGUCACAUGCUGCUUCCCAUCUGCUUUCUUCCCCUUUCCCCUGUUGUUUCCUGCUGUCAAAAUUUAGAAUAUGUUUUCUGUAGCUGUGUGAAAAGUAGAGGUGGCAGCUAAUUGCGACCAGUGGGUUGAGUGCAGGGAUCAUUUACUUAGGAAGCUUAACAAAUAAACGUGUUUUCCAUGUUCUUGGAGAGAGGCGCGAUGAAGCAGAGUGAGACAAUUAAAAAUCACAGUUUGUACAGAGCCAUUUUUAUAACAUAGAAUUCUUUAUAGGGAACACAGCAGGCUACUGAUAGGAAAAUGUAAUAAUUUGCUUACUUUAUGUUCUGUAACAGGGAUGUCAACACCCCUCUUCACACCCAAAAAGAACUCACUAAUGUCACCAAAAUAAAACUUUGCCACACCAAGUUCAGAUACCAUGGGGUACAAAUAGCCAGAAACCUCAAUAAAUUGUACCUCCACAACUACAAGCCCCUGUGGCGACAAAUUAACAAAGACCUAAAGAGAUGGAACAACAUGAAUUUCAUUCUCUCAGACAAAAUAGCCAUGAUCAAAAUGAUCACCCUUCCAAAACUAACCUACCUAUUCCAAACCCUCCCAAUCUGGAUUUCCCCAACCCAACUCCGCAGAUGGCAGAGAAAACUACACUCUUUUAUCUUCUCACAUAAAAAACCCAAGAAUAAGCCCCAAAUACCUGCACCUCCCCACCUCAGAAGGAGGAUGGGGAAUCCCCAACAUAGAAGCAUAUUACAUUGCCAACCAAAUACGCCAUAUAAUCCCAUAUAUACUAGAAGAUGAGACAAAACAAUGGAUACACCUAGAGAGGGACAAAAUUGAAAAUACUUGCACCACAUCAUACCCACUCUUCCGAAACAAACUAAGGAAAAUUCCCACAACACUUAGCAGGUACACACAGACCAUGCUCAAAGCAUGGAAAACAAAUAGGCAAACUAUCCCCAACCCCAUCCCCCCUAAUUCCCUGGCGUGCCACUCAUUAUUCCACCAUGCAGCACAAAACCUCCAGAUAAAAACCUGGAAAACUUAAGGCUUAUAUCGCCUAAUAGACUUCUAUAAAAAUAACAAACCUUUGUCAACACAAGAAAUACAGAACAAACUAGAAGACACCCAAAUGCCCUGGUUAGCACAACACCCACUUAAACAUGCCCACUUAAACAACCCAGCAGUAAAAUCAGCAGCAACUAGGCCCCUGACAACCUUCAAAAACCUCCUCCUAACAACCAAGGGACACGGUAAAAGGAUGGUAUCUGCAAUAUACAAAAUACUACUCCAAAUUCCCACGAACCCCCUGGACGCAAUCAAAAAACAAUGAGAGGAUAACAUAGGCUAUGAGAUUAACCCCACUCAAUGGACCAAAAUGUGGUCUAACCCCCCCCCCUUUAAAUCCAUAUAAACGAAAAGAAAAGAACUCACUCUGAAACUCACCUACAGGUGGUACCUAACACCAAGAAAACUAGCACUAAUACGCCCAGGAACCUCACCAAAAUGCUGGAGAGGGUGCACCUCCACAGGCACAUACCUCCACAUGUGGGAGUGCCCCAAAAUCCAACUAUUCUGGGCAACAGCCAUACGAGAAAUAUGUAAAAUAACUAAGCAAGUAUUAAAAAUCACCCCAGAAUUGGCCCUACUAAACAUCUUCCAAGACAAAAAUGCUCAUGUGCAGUCCACCCACCCCACGCACACUCCUCCUCUCUCCAAUGGCAAUGGGUAGAUCACUGCCAAUUUUUUUAUGUUGUUGUUGUUUAGUCGUUUAGUUGUGUCCGACUCUUUGUGACCCCAUGGACCAGAGCACGCCAGGCACUCCUGUCUUCCACUGCCUCCCGCAGUUUGGUCAAACUCAUGCUGGUAGCUUCGAGAACACUGUCCAACCAUCUCGUCCUCUGUCGUCCCCUUCUCCUUGUGCCCUCCAUCUUUCCCAACAUCAGGGUCUUUUCCAGGGAGUCUUCUCUUCUCAUGAGGUGGCCAAAGUAUUGGAGCCUCAGCUUCAGGAUCUGUCCUUCCAGUGAGCACUCAGGACUGAUUUCCUUCAGAAUGGAGAGGUUUGAUCUUCUUGCAGUCCAUGGGACUCUCAAGAGUCUCCUCCAGCACCAUAAUUCAAAAGCAUCAAUUCUUUGGCGAUCAGCCUUCUUUAUGGUCCAGCGCUCACUUCCAUUCAUCACUACUAGGAAAACCAUAGCUUUAACUAUACGGACCUUUGUUGGCAAGUUUUUUUAUACUGGCCAGUAAAUUUAUACUGGGAGUAAAUUUUAUACUGGCCAGUAAAUUUAUACUGGGAGUAAAUUGCAGUCUCUUGGGAGUUGGACGUGCCUGUUCUAUAACAUUAUGCUUUACCAAAAAUAUAUAUAAUUUCCCGCAGAAAGUAUCAGAAUGUUCCAUAUUAAAAAAGAAAAAUAGCCCCACCAUUAAAAAUAUGGAACUGUGUUAUUACAGAGUGAGUACAUUCUGUUCAACAGUUUUUUAGCAUCUCGAAACACAUGCACAGUUCACAUUAUAAACACUUUGUAAGCUCAGUGUUUAGAACCCAUUCCAUAUGCCACUUAAUCCAGAGAAUCUUUCUAGAAUGACACCUGAGAAAGAAGCAGGUGGCUCUUAGUUGCUUUGAUCAGGUGCUCUGGCUGCUUUACGUGCUUAAUGGAGAAAGAAGCAUUAAUCCUCCUAAAUCUAAUUAGGGUUUCUCUGAGAAGAAACUGAAUACUGAAAAGGCAAUGUAUUAUUUUUUGAAGGGCUGUGACAUGUUGCAAAGAAGCUUGAAAUCAAUUCAAUUCAUUUUUCUAUAAAAAGGGCCCUCUUGAGGGUUGAGAUGCAACUAAAUGAACAAAAAAGUGUAAGUUUGCUCUUGUCUAUGCUAUGGCUUUGCAUGCUUGGGGAAAUGUUGCAAAUUGGAAUUGCUUCCAGAUUCUGACGGUUCACAGCAUAAAACUCACAAGCCACUUCACUCCCUCUGUAUCAUAUCUCUUCAGACCUUAAGGUGCAAGGCUGAUAAUGUUCUCACUUGACUUUCAAAGGCAAUGUGGCCGCAGUUACUAAUUCUGUGCUUUCAUUUCCAUAGCAGGCUAGAGGUCGUUAAGAAAAUGGGAUAUGAUAUUGAGCGCUUCGUCGGUUACGUGAAUGAAGGUCUCCUGUGCUGUAUCUGCCGAGAUGUGUUGGAAGAUCCCUUGCAGGCUCCUUGCGAACAUGCUUUCUGCACUUCCUGCAUACAUGGGUGGCUUGUUCAUCACAGCAACUGCCCAGAAGAUCGUCAGCCACUUGAUCUGUCUGUCCUUCGACCGCUUUACAGGUGCGUAAUUAUUUCUGAGUCCAACUCGCCGCUAUCAUGAAAUCUAAUCCUACACUAGUAGAUUGAGCAAAUGUGCAAAUGUAAGGCUAAGGGAUGGAGCAUCCUGUUUGAUUAGUUUUCCUUACUAAAGUUACUACCCCAUAUGUCAUGCAAAUUAAUGAAAUUGACUAGGCUAAGUAAGCCUAGAUUUGGUCUAUUUCACUCUGAAGAGAAAAUGUUCCCACAAAGAAAGAGAUGUACAGUGGUACCUCCAGUUGUGCACAGGAUCCGUUCUGGAGCUCUGGUCGGAUCCUGAGGAAUUCGCAACCAGAGGUGCCUGUUCUGCGCACGGCGCGGUAGAGCACUUCUGCGCAUGCGCGUGCAGCAAAACUCAGAAAAAUAUUUCCGGGUUUACCGCAUUUGCAUCUUGAAGGAUACGCAACCAGAGGUGUUCAUAUCCAGAGGUACCACUGUAUAAGAAAAGAGUGCAGCAGCAGGAUGUGCUGCAGACACAUUAACUCUUUGGGGGUUCACUGUGUAGCCUUUUCCAAAUUGGAAUAAAGAGGGAACUGCUUUUAUAGAAAUGCAGGAUAGACAAGAAUGUUCUGUCCCACAGGAUCCAGUGCCAAGUUCCAGUUUAUCAAAAAUAUCUCUAUAUUGUCCUCUUCUCAUACGUGGAAACAUAAUCCUAUUACAUAGGUCCAGAGUAAGUAGCAAAGUCCAGAUUGCUUGCAUCACAAAGCUUCGGCUUGAUCUGAAUUCACACCUCUGAUUGCACCCCUUUUAACCUUGCUGCUUUGCAGAGAAGAAACACACACACACACACACACACACACACACACACACACAAUUUCUGCUAGAACAGAAAUGUGCAGUUGCUAGGAAAAUUCUUGGCUUGACCAAUCUCCUUUUCUCAAGGUUGGAGCAAAUAAUAAUAGUAAUAAUAAUAAUAAUCUGGCUGGGUUUCCCCAGCCACUCUGGGCGGCUUCCAACAAAACACUAAAAUACAACAACCUAUUAAACAUUAAAAGCUUCCCUAAACAGGGCUGCCAUCAGAUGUCUUCUAAAAGUUUGGUAGUUAUUUUUCUCUUUGACAUAUGGUGGAGGGCGUUCCACAGGGCGGGUGCCACUACCGAGAAGGCAAGUUCCCUGUAACUUGGCUUCUCGUAGCGAGGGAACCACCAGAAGGCCCUCGGCGCUGGACCUCAGUGUCCGGGCAGAACGAUGGAGGUGAAGACGCUCCUUCAGGUAUACUGACCUGAGGCCAUUUAGGGCUUUAAAGGUCAGCACCAACACUUUGAACUGCUUAAAGCUUCAUUAACCUACUAACAGUUAAGGUUUUAAAAACACAACUUUUGAAAAACAAAAGGAUAGAACAGCAUAAGUGGUUAUACCCACAAUACAUGUUUUUAAAGUAUUGUAUGUACUAAAGAAUGAACACAUCUUAAACAUAAAUGUCACAAACAAGUGUUGACUUAACUGUGUUGCCAAAUAACGCAAGUUGGCCAUGGUGCUUCUGCUUCAUUAGGGUUGCCAACUUUCUGGAAACGUGUGCAUUUUAAUCGUGACAAGGGGGUGUUGCCUUCCAGGGGCAACAUGCCAGUGGUGAGCAUGGCCUGUGAGGGGUAUAGCAGGGAAGAAAUCCUGACAGCCAGGUAGGUCUGAAGGGUCACAUUCGGUGAUCAGACCUGUGAUUUCCCACCCCUGCCUUAAUGCGAUGGCUGAUCAUAGUCUUAAGUUUUGAGGAAAGGAUAUUAUGGUUAGUGGCUGACAGUGGCCAGGGGAUGUCUUUCCAUAGGAACUAAUUGUUAGAAGAUGGCUUCUUGAUACAGAUAUUUCUCCAGAACGUUAGGAGUAAGGAGGGUGACACCACAGCCAAGCUGAAGUGGUUGGUCGGUGUAAUGUAUGGAAGUUAGUGCAGCAGUUUUAGGGGAUAGGCAGGAGGUAGAGUGUGGAAGCUCUUAACAUCAAGGCUAGAAAUGUCUUGUGCAAGUUGCCUUUCUGGGGAUCUGCUGUUUACCUUUGCCUGUGCUCUGCCUGUAUACUUGCAAGAAAACCAAAUAUUACGCAGUCACGGUUAGUUUGCCAUGUGGCCUCAUUCAAAGAAAACUGAAUCAGUUAGCGCUGACUCUGGAAUGUCUUACCACUCAGAGAACUAGGGAGCAUGUGAUAUGUUAUAUCUUAGCAAGCAGUAUUGCAAGAAUAAAAAUAAUUAACUUCUGUACCCAGAUACAUGAAGAAUGAUCUCAAUCGACUCCAGAUUCACUGCAGGAACAGAGAGUGUGGCUGUGAAAUGGUGUGUUCACUGGAAUCCAUUGACCGACAUGAACGCGAGUGUGAAUGCAGCCGGGUCCCCUGUUCAAAUAGCGGUAGGUAGAAUGCAGAGAUGGUUAUCUUGCAAACAGAUGGUAGAUCUCCGUUUUCACCUGAAUUCAGUCCCACGGUUCUGGAAUGUAGACUAAAGGGAAUUCCCAGAGUUAGUGGCUGUUGCAGAGUGGGCCUUCUCUGUUUCUUUGCCUGUGUGAACACCCCUUCCUGUUCCAUUUCUACCUGUUGCCAACGCUAGCCAAAGCAAGGUAUGGAUUCAGUGUUGUUGUUUGGGGAACUGAAAGGCAGCUGAUGUGCCAUUGGCCCCGUGGAGAAUCUUUGUACCUGCGCACAGUAGGAAACACUAACCUAGAUUCCUCAAGAGUGGUGGUAGUGGGACGCGGGUGGCGCUGUAGGUUAAACCACAGGGCCUAGGGCUUGCCGAUCAGAAGAUCGGCAGUUCAAAUCCCCGCGACGGGGUGAGCUCCCGUUGUUUGGUCCCUGCUCCUGCCAACCUAGCAGUUCGAAAACACGUCAAAGUGCAAGUAGAUAAAUAAUUACUGCUCUGGCGGGAAGGUAAACGGCGUUUCCGUGCGCUUCUCUGGUUCGCCAGAAGUGGCUUAGUCAUGCUGGCCACAUGACCCAGAAGCUGUACGCCAGCUCCCUCAGCCGAUAGAGCGAGAUGAGCGCCGCAACCCCAGAGUCGGCCACGACUGGACCUAACGGUCAGGGGUCCCUUUGCCUUAAAAAAAAGAGAGAGUGGUGGUAGUGCUGUUGUUAGCAUCCUUCUGUCUUGAGAGAGAAUGGAGUGCGCCUCUAGGGGUAAGUCAAACUGCUGGAGAAUCACAGGGGCUGCAGAAACCAGUAGCUCGUCACUGCUGCCUUCCACAUUGUUUUUGCUGCAUUAGCAGCACUGAAGUGACCUCUCUGGAGCACAGUCUGUCAUUGUCUCCAUGUCAGAAGAUUAUGGGGAAAAUGAAAUAAUUCUCUCUCUCUCUGGUGCACUUCCUCCAAUCUUCUGCUUUCCAAUCAGGUUGCCCAGCUCGGGUUGAAAGACGUAACCUAGACAGCCACUUGGCCGUGUGUGAAUACAGGAGCCGCGAGUGCCCCAAAGGUUGUGGGUAUGCCAUCCUCAGUGCUGAUGAUGCGCAACAUAACUGUGUGGCAGAGCUGAGAACAGAACUCGAACUGCUCAGGUAAAGCUAUUCUUCCCCUUACCUUGGCUGCUCAUGGAUUGACUUGGCCCUCCAGAUGUUUGGGGACUACAAUUCCCAUCAUCCCUGACCACUGGUCCUGUUAGCUAGGGAUGAUGGGAGUUGUGGUCCCAAAACAUCUGGAGGGCCAAGUUUGGCCAUGCCUAAAGCAUGAACUGACACCUAAAUAUUUUGCCCAUCUCUCUAAAACAUACACAAGGGGACUGUUCUUCAAUACUGCUGCAAUUUCCUGGGUGCUCAGGAAACCAGUUUGGUAACUUGGCAAAUUGCUUCUAUUGCUAUCACCAUCUCUUCCUCCUAUCUUCCCACCCGAGUUACACCUGGUAUUCUAUCAUCCUGAUUUGAUUGAAAUAAAAGAUUUGUUGACAUCUUUUUUGUGUAACAUAAGCUUGUGCGCUGCUUAGUGGUAACCUGAAACCUAAGUUAAUCAUAAAUGAAAAGCUUCUUUGCCAGUACUAGCUUAUGGGAUCUGCCUAUGUGAGUGAAGCUGGGGCUGUUAAAAUGAGAUGUUUAUCUUGGGCCAAAGGAAGAUGCAGAUAUUGCAUAAAACAGAUGGAAGAUUAAAAAAAAAAGAACUUGUUUGUGACUUACAGAAUAAUUAGUGCAAAACUGAUGGAUUAAACACUACUUCCUGUUUUGGUAAUUAGUGGCCCUGUUCACGUAUAAUGGUAAGCCCUGAUCUAAAACAAACCAUCUCUUUUUGUGAAUGAUCAAUUUCCUGGUGCACACGGUUCAGCUGCACCAGCUGCCCUCCUCCCAAGCGGAAACAAAUCAGCGUAUUAACUUAGCUUACAUAUGAACAGGUGCAUGUUGUUUGUUUCAGUCCAAGCAAUCCUUUUCAAAAUUAAAGCAGGAUGAACAGUAAGAUAAGACAAUGGCGGGAGGGAUUGCCACAGUCUUUUUUCCCAGACAUUCGCCCCCUUAAAAAAAAAAAAUUGCCAAGUGCAUAAAACUGAAUGUGCAUACGUUUCAAGUUUCCUCUGUAUUCAGAUUAAAGACAGAUAGUCUGAUUAACAAAAAGUGUUUUGUUUUUUAAGGUCAGAGAUGAUCUGCCGGAUGGAAGAAGCAAAACAUGAGAUGGAAUCUCGACUAGAUUCUCAAAGGAAGCAUAUGGUGCAAAAGGAGAGUCUUUUGCAAAAUCAGAUUGAAGAGCUAAAGGUAAACGAAUUGUAUUGCCAUUAGCUACGAGGUCAUCUCCCUCCCUUAAAAUGUUGCCUCUGGUGAAUUGGUAUUCCUGACAGCUUUAUUCUGUGCUGUACAGUGGAACCUCAGGUUAAGUACUUAAUUCGUUCCGGAGGUCCGUUCUUAACCUGAAGCACCACUUUAGCUAAUGGGGUCUCCCGCUGCCACCGCGCCGCUGGAGCACGAUUUCUGUUCUUAUCCUGAAGCAAAGUUCUUAACCCAAGGUACUAUUUCUGGGUUAGCGGAGUCUGUAACCUGAAGUGUCAUGGGACCAAGACGGCUCUGGUUGCCCUAACAGAUGAUCUCCGCAGGCAGCUGGAUCGAGGCGGGUCGGGGCUGCUGAUUCUUCUAGACCUGUCAGCAGCCUUUGACAUGGUCGAUCAUGAACUCCUGGACCACCGCCUUGCCGACGUGGGUAUCCAGGGCACAGUCCUUCAAUGGCUGUGCUCGUUUCUCUCUGGUCGGGGACAGAGGGUGGCGCUUGGGGAAUUGGCAUCGCGCCACUCCUUGGUAUGUGGAGUGCCUCUGUGCGAUACUCUCCCCGAUGCUUUUUAACAUCUUUAUGCGCCCCCUCGCCCAGCUUGUCCGGAGUUUUGGGCUGGGUUGCCAUCAGUAUGCCGAUGACACCCAACUCUAUCUGUUGAUGGAUGGCCAUCCUGACUCGGCCCCAGACACACUGAUCAGAUGUUUGGAAGCUGUGGCUGGAUGGUUACAUGGGAGCCGGUUGAAGUUAAAUCCUUCGAAGACAGAGGUCCUCUGGCUGGGACGGGACGAUAUGGGAUUGAGGGAGCAACUCCCAUCUCUUGCGGGGGUGCAAUUAGUGCCAGCACCGUCCGUUAAGAGUUUGGGUGUAAUCUUCGAUACCUCCCUCUCCAUGGAGGCGCAGAUUGCAGCUAUAACAAAGGCGGCAUUUUUUCAUCUCCGCCAAGCUAAGCAGUAGGCUCCUUACCUCUCUCGCCCUGACCUAGCCACUGUGAUCCACGCAACGGUCACCUCCAGACUGGAUUAUUGUAACUCGCUCUACGUGGGGCUGCCCUUGAAACUGACCCAGAAACUCCAGCGGGUGCAGAAUGCCGCGGCAAGACUCCUUACGGGGUCUUUGCUGCAAGAUCACAUUCACCCGGUGCUAUACCAGCUGCACUGGCUCCCGGUGGAGUACAGGAUCAGGUUUAAGGUGCUGGUUUUAACCUUUAAAGCUCUAUACGGCCUAGGACCCUCGUACCUAUGGGACACCCUCUCCUGGUAUGUCCCACAGAGGAACUUACGGUCUUCAAAUAAAAACAUCCUGAAGGUCCCAGGCCUCAGAGAGGUUAGGCUGGCCUCAACUAGAGCCAGGGCUUUCUCGGCUGUGGCUCCAAUCUGGUGGAACGCUCUGUCACAAGAGACUAGGGCCCUGUGGGACUUGACAUCUUUCCGCAGGGCCUGCAAGGCAGAGCUGUUCCACCAGGCCUUUGGUCAGGGAGCAGCCUGACUCCCUCCUUUGGCAAGUUCACAGAACUUUAGCUUAAUGGUUGCCAUCAAUUUGAUUUUAAUUAAUUUUUGUAAUGAAAUGUUUUUAGAACGUUGCACUAUUUUAUUGUUGUUAGCCACCCUGAGCCCGGCUUCGGCUGGGGAGGGUGGGAUAUAAAUAAAAUUUAUUAUUAUUAUUAUUAUAAGUGUAUGUAACCUGAAGCGUAUGUAACCCGAGGUACCACUGUACUUUUUCAGUUUCCAGAAGGUAGCCGCAGUCCUCAAGCACCUGACAGCUACCUUCCCCAACCUUGUGUUGUCCAGGUGAUUUGGACUACAAUUCCAAUCAUCCUUGCUCAUUGGCCAGGCCAGCUGGGACUGAUGGGAGUUGAAGUCCAACAUCAGCGGGGGAGCAUCAAAUUGGGGAAGUCUCACCUACAGCAUCUAUUUUAGAACCAAUAGUUUCAGCAGCAGGUAUUUUAACUACAAUUCACAUAAGCAAGGAAGCAUUGCUAUUGGUGACUGGCAAACUUCCUCCAGUCCCAUUAGUAUUAUAUUAAUUUGGAGAUGGACCAUUAAUAAAAAACCAGAUACUUCCAAGUUGGCCUAGAAGAGCCUUCCCUACCACACAUCCCCCACCUGCUGAGUUCUCUUUUCCCAAAUGUAUUGGAAUAACAGGGAGAGCACAAUCAUUGCAAUAGCCCUCAGAAUGCCCAUGCACAUUUUGCUUUACCCUCAACUCUGGGUACAGAAGCAUUUGGGUCUGGGCCCAAGUCAUUCCUGGACAAUGCAGCCUCUUUCCCUUGCCUUGGAGAGCGGGCAGAAACAGAUCUGUUUUGCAGCAGUCUGGAUACCUGAAAGGCGCAGAUCCAUGAAAUGUAGGCUCUGUUAUCUGUAUGCUACCCUGAGGUCCUUGGAGGAAGGGGAAGAAACAAAUGUAAUAGAUAGGGAAUUGUGAGCAUCUAACUGUUAACAGGCAGUCCCAAUGCAACACUUGAAAAACUCCCUUACGCUUUUCAGAGCCAGAUGUCCAGGAUGUCGUCUGACAUACGUACCCUGCUGGCAACAGAGAGGCAGCAUCACCAAGAACUGGAGCAGGCACAGCUUGAAAAGCUAGAAUUACUGGAGUUAGUGAAGACUCUCCAGGAAGACUGUCGGUUGACUAGGGAUGGAAGCAAGAAAGCAACACAUGUUCGACCUCUGACCCGACUGGAAAGCAUGAAGUGAAAGCCAUAGGUGGCUGUUAUUUAAGAUUAGAUUGCUGCAGUCUGUUUUAUGUGGUGCUUCCUUUUGCUGGAUCUGGCAACUGACAAUUAGUGCAGAAUCCUGCAGCCCACCUGCUGACAGCAAUGAGAUUCUGUCAGCAGAUAACACCUCCGCUCAGAGAUCUGCACCGAUUGCAGGUUUGUUACCGGACCAACUUCAAGCUGUUAGCAUUAGUAUAUAAAGCCCUUAACAGUUAGAAACAGUUUACUUCAGGAAUUGCCUUACCCCGUAUAUUUCUAUUCAGUCAAUUCAGUCUUCAGCACUGGCACUAUUACAGGUGCACCACACUUGGAACUCCAUGCCUAUUGACAUCAGGCAAGCACAUUCACUGCACUUUUUCCAGUGUCUGCUAAAACAUUUUUGUUCAGGCAAGUUUUUCCAGACAUGAAAAAGUUAACAUUUUGGUCUGUUUUUAGCUUAGCGGUUUAUUUCAGUUAUUUUUGAGUUACUAAAUUCCUGUCUUAUGGUUUUACUAUUUUUUAGUUUUACUCUUAGGAAUAAUAAUAAUAAAAAGAUCUGAAGGGGGGGUGGGGAGAGAACAAAGUUCUGUGUACUCAGGAGAAGAAACAAAAAAGAAGCAAAUAGAAAAAUGAAGGAAUCUAAUGAAACUUGGCUUAAGCCAGGAGAGCCAAGGAGGAACGUAUAGCUGCAUCAGGCAGGAGAAAAGCCUGAGGGAAAUGGACUAACUUCCCACAAACCUUUGCUCCUACUUGUGUCAGCUGACAAGAGAUGACCCAUACCAUUGGCUAUGGUAUCCUAUGAAAUGAAUUGACCUAAUAAAACUAAUAUAACAUGUCCGUGUUGUGUGCGGGUGUAUGUAUAUAUAGAAGUGAAAGCUUACAGAUUAUGUAUUCUUGAAGUUAAGGACUCAGAGAUUUGGUAAGAGUGCACACUAUACGCAGAGAUGGAAAAUACAUGCAAAGGAAAACAACUGCUACUCAGGCAGCUACAUGCAUG